CAUAAUAUAAAACCAAAACAAUAGUCGAAUGUAAGGCAUUGAAGAGUAUAGAAUAUUUUGAAACAUUAUUUUUAAUAAUAAUCUUUUAUAAAAGAUGGUUUCAACUCGAGGAAUAAAGUUUAAAUUUUGUGAAGGAGAGAGAGUUUUAUGUUAUGAACCCGAUCCCACGAAAGCUAAAGUUUUGUAUGAUUCAAAAGUUUUAGACGUUGUUGCCAACAAGGAUCAUAAAGGGAGAAAAACAAUAGAGUAUCUCAUACAUUUUCAAGGAUGGAAUUCUUCUUGGGAUAGGUGUGUUGGUGAAGAAUUUGUUUUAAAAGAUACCCCUGAAAACAGGCAGCUGCAGAAAGAUCUGGCAGAAAAAUCUCAGUUGCAGCUAGGUGCCUAUUUAUACAGAAAGGAAAGAAAGAAAAAUAGAAAACCUGGUGAUAGGCCUUCAGCUUCAGAAGAUGGUAGUUCAAGCAGUCCAGGUAGAAUGGAUACUGAUGAUGGACAAGAUAUUACAAGCAGUUCUGAAGAUGAUUCUUCAAUGGAGGAUGACAUGAUACAUAUUGAAUUGACUCCACAGAUUAGGGAAUUGUUAGAAAAUGACAAUUUUUUCAUCAAGGAAAGAAAUAAAUUGAUGAAGUUGCCUGCUGAACCAAAUGUAGUAACGAUUUUAGAAUCUUACUAUAGACAUUAUGCAACUAAUCAGAUAUGUGGAUUAACUGAGACUCCUGCUGUAAGGUAUAGGCCUUCUCUUGUGAACCAAAAUCCAAUCAAAGCCAAACCUGAAGAUAUCCAAAAAAACCUAAAACUGUGUAGGGAAGUAAUGGAUGGACUAAGAAUAUACUUUGAUUUCACCAUCAAUGAUCUACUUCUGUACAAACCUGAACAAGGAAAAGUAAAUACUAUGCAGGCUGUGUGUGAACCAGUCAGAGCUGAAGUUAAAAAUGAAAUCAAAACUGAAGAUGAGUACAAUAAUUCAGAUAACAGCUUGAAUAAUGGGAAUCAUUCCAUACAAAAUGGAAAUGAUGGUGGUAAAGUUAGUGCAAGAAGACGUACUUUGAGAUCAAAUAGAAGUGAUUCACAAACCAAUGGUAGCUCAUCUCCACAAGAAAUACAUUGUAAUAAUAAUAUUAAACCUGCAUCCAGUGUGGCUAGUAGCAAUUCUGAUAUUACUGGACCUAUGGCAAAAACAUUGUCAUGGAAAAUUCUACCUGAUUAUGUAUACAAUCAACAGCCGCCACCCCCUUGUCUAGUUUAUGGAGCUACCCAUUUAACAAGACUAUUUGUUAAAUUGCCUGAGUUAUUGAUGGCUUCAAAUAUCAGUGAUGAAAAAUUAAAGGUGCUACUGGGACAUAUAGACCUUUUCAUAGAGUGAGUAUUUUUUCUUCUA